GUGGAGCUUAACUCCUAAUCACUCUGUGUCCGUUACAGGAAUCAGUCAUGGGACUGCUGCUACCGCUCCUUCUUGCUUUACUCUCCUGUUUGAUUGGAGGACUCUACCUACUUGGUGUGUUUCGACAGCACCGACCAGGUGAACCCCCUUUGGAUAAGGGGCUCAUCCCUUGGCUGGGUCAUGUCUUGGAGUUUCGCAAGAACACAUUAAAAUUCAUCGAGAGGAUGAAGCAAAAUCACGGCGAUGUGUUCACAGUGCAGCUGGGAGGGUGUUAUAUCACAUUCCUUCAGGAUCCCCUGUCGUUUGGGGCUUUUGUUAAGGAGAGUCGGGAAAAGCUGGACUUCAGACCGUUUGCUAAACAGCUGGUGCGCAGAGUGUUUGGAUAUGUGGCAGAGGGGGAUGACCACAAUGCUCUCGUGGUCUCCAGCAACAAGCACCUCAAGGGGGACGGCCUGAAGGUAUUGACACAAGCUAUGAUGGAUAAUUUGCAGAAUCUGAUGGCUCAUGAAAUCGGCUCAGCAGCUGACCAAAGCAGCUGGAAAGAAGAUGGACUGUUUAUGUACAGCUACAAUAUCCUUUUCAGGGCCGGUUACUUAUCUCUGUAUGGCAAUGCAUCUCCCAAGUCAGAAGAAAGUGAGGAGAAAGCCAAAGAGAAAGACAGAGCGGAAUCUGAAGCCUUGUUUAAAGAGUUUCGUAAAUAUGACCAACUCUUCCCCGACCUGGCUUACGGGGUCCUCUCACCGAGAGAAAGGGUGAAAAAACAGAGGCUGAUGGAUCUAUUCUGGAACACUCUGUCAGUGCAGAAGAUGAAGAUGAAGAACGACAUCAGUGGCUGGAUCUGGGACAUGCACCAGUAUCGAGAGGAGAAUGGUAUGAAGGACUCAAUGAUAAGCAGAUACAUGUUUGUGCUUCUUUGGGCCUCUCAGGGCAACACAGGGCCAGCUUCAUUCUGGCUGCUCCUCUUCCUCAUGAAACACCCAGAAGCCAUGAAAGCAGCGAAGGAAGAGAUUGAUAAGGUUCUGAAGGAAUCAGGGCAGGAAGUCAGACGUGGUGGCCCUUCUAUCAACCUGACCUUUGAAAUGCUGAAGGAAACACCCAUCCUGGACAGUGCUUUGGAAGAGACCCUCCGCCUCUGUGUUGCACCUGUCCUCACCAGAGCUGUGCUCCAGGAUAUGACCCUCAAGAUGGCAGAUGGGCGUGAAUAUAUCAUCCGCAAAGGUGACAGAUUGGCUAUGUUUCCUUAUUCUGCUGUUCACACUGACCCAGAGAUCCACCCUGACCCACAUUCAUUCAAAUAUGACCGCUUUUUGAAUCCUGAUGGGAGCAAGAAAACAGACUUUUACAAGAAUGGGCAGAAGGUGAAGUUUUACACCAUGCCCUGGGGCUCUGGGGUCUCCAUGUGUCCCGGGCGUUACUUUGCCUCUAAUGAGAUGAAGCAGUUUGUUUUCCUGGUGUUGGCCUACUUUGAGAUUGAGCUAAAGAAUCCUGAGGAGAAGAUACCUGAAUUCGACUUCAGCCGAUGGGGCUUUGGAUCCAUGCAGCCUAACAGAGAGGUCCAGUUUCGAUACCGACCAACAUUUUAAACCCAACUAAUCAUUUUGACAUGUCAGUCAAAACAUUUUUUUGAUUUUGAUCAAGUCUUUAAGCUGUCAUUUGAAAAUUAUGUUUCUGAUGAAUGUUGGAUUUCACUAUGAUGUUUUAUCUUUAUUAUUGUACCAGUGAUAAUCACAUUAAGUGUGUCAGUAAAAUGUGUUUAAAUAUUUUGUGCGAAAAAUACAUUUCCAACCUAAAUAUCAGUUCAUCUAAAUAACAGUUGAUAUGACAAAUUUUGUGUUUCCUUAGUCAGGUUUACUCAGAUACAAGAAAAUAAGCUGUUACGUGUGUUUUCUUUAGUAGCAUCUAGCAUCAUUUAGCAAGUCCUAUCUGUUGAAUGUCAGGGAACUGGUUUCAAAGGAAUGAUCAGAAGAUAAAGGUUAGGUUUUAUUUGGGAAAGUCAUCUGUCAAAAAACAGCACCUGUAGUGACUAUAACAUGUGUGCUGAUUUCUGAAAAUGAUGACAUGUUGAUUUAAUGUGAGUGGAGUAGAAAGAAAAUAAAUUUGUCUUUGAUAAAUGAGUAACACAUGUAUUCAUCAUGUCUCAAGAUAAAAAUCACUUUGUAAACAUCUUUUACUCAGCUAACUAUUAGCUAAAGAUAGUUCAGAGCUCUGGCCACCUGUGAACAGGUUUGUCUGGUGCUGCUCAUUCCUCCAUCACGCUAUCAAUGUUAUUGGCUUUUAUUCUGUUUGGAAGAGUUCAUCUCCACAAAAACCUCCUGUAGUUAUUUCACACACGCACCACUGUUCUUUACUCAACUCAAGAGCCCCCAUGAAAAUAAUGCAUCAGAGCAUACUAUUUGUUUUGCUCCCAUGCUUCGAGAAUAAAUUAACAUGCAGGGAAAAAUAUACAUUUACAUUAAUAUUAACUUAAAUCUUAGGUGGAUCUUAGUUUUCCCUCUCAAUUUGGCUCCAUGCAGUGUGACACUAUUUAAAAUGUAAACAUCAAUCAAAUUUGAACCUUUAAUACCCGUUGAGUCAUGUCAAAUGUCACACACAUGCAGGUCUCUCUAUAGUUGUGAGGACAUUCAUUGACCUGAUGCAUUCCCCAGCCCCUUACCUUAACCUUAACCAUCACAACUAAAUGCCAAUUGUGCCCCAACCCUAAAUUCAAUCUAAUUCUAAGCCUAACCUAAUCACUGGAUUCCCGCCUAGGAUGCUCCACCAUGAGGUAUAGAAUAAGUUACAAGUGAUAAGUAACAUCUAUUACCAUGCUAACGGUUAGGCUGACAGUUACAGGGAUGAUCGUACUUUCUUUGCAUGAACGUGGACUUCGGCCCUAUAAUGAAAUGAUAAUGACGACUACUGGGUAUUUUAAAAGGAAGUGUCAGAGAAGAACAAGGAUUGCUUGUUGCAUUUCUAAUCUAGCCAUUUUCUGUACAAACAUAGGAUAACGUAUCCUGUUCAAACAACAUUAAACAAACAAGGAAAUAAGAGUCAAAGUUGAAUCUUUAAAUGAGACAGAGAUGUUAACAGUUUGCCAGGAAAACAUGUUUCUGUGCCAUCUUACACUGCAAUAUGGCAAAUUCAAAAAAACACUGAAAUGAAUAGUAAAUAAUUAACUCUUUUCAUCAAACUAACCCCAAUGUUACAUUGGGGGACCUUACUGCAAAUUAGCUGUGACGUUUGUGUGCAGUCAGUUCCUUCAUCGGACAAAAAAAUGUUACUCAUUGACAGCCUGAUUAUUUCUGUCAGUUUUGGGGCUGUUAUCUUUAACUGGUGAGUGACAACAGUCUACGGAUCAUUCACCUCAGUGGGUAUCGGUGCAGUUUUACAAAAUAUUUGGAAAGCACUUGAGGAUUCUGUGUUGUGUUAACAUGACUACCAUCUAGUGGAUAAAAUUGUCAACUAAGAGCAGAGAAAGAUGAGCUCUAAACUAGUCUAUAGAUAUCAUUGCUAAAAGGUGGAGAAUGCUAAAUGAUGCUAGAUGCUCAAUAGCUGACAGCUGAUCACAGCUGGAGCACAUGAGUCUGUGUCCUGCAUGAACCAGCGCAAUGCUUCAUUUCAGUCAGGAACACUUCGUCAUGAAUUUAUCAUUUAUUGCACAAAUGGGAACACAGUUAUGGCUCCAUUCUUUGGAGACAUGCAAAAACCCCUAAAACAAUGUAUAUAUAUGUACAGAAAUGUAUUUCAAAACAUAUAAUACAACAAUGCAAGGCAAUUGUAAAGAAAUUACGGAAAUUAUUAUCAAUGAUAAUUAAUCAGACAAAUGUAUUGUGAUACACCACUACCUUAAAUCAAUGAUACAUUUAUGGCAGCAGUAUUCUGUCAUCUUGUUUGUUAUUUUAAUGAUGAAACUUCACUUUCUUCAAACAACUUGUAGUGCUGCCCUUAACUACAUUUAGAAUGUUGUGUUGUCAUAGAAUUUGAAUUUGUUUUAGUUUGUGGUAUUUCUUUGACUAAUAUCCAAUGCAUGCUUGUAUUGUGUAACCUCCAGUUGUGUGAUUUCCAGAGAUGGAUGAGGUACUGCUGUUAAAAGUGAUGACUAAAUAUAAAAGACACUUACUCAUCCCCUGAACAGUUAAA